UCAGUUUGGUUUCGCAUCUCGCCGGCGACGGAACGCAUUGCGAAGUAUUGUAGUACGUCCCCCUCCCCAAAGUAUAUAGUAUUUGUUUUGACAUCGUAAAGCAGCUCUCUGGGUUUAUCGCUCUGCAAAGAUGACUGGCUCUCUUUGGCUCAGUUUGGCACUGAGUCUAGCGGUUUUGGCUCAAUUUAAAGUGAGCGCCGCUCCUAAUCUGGUUUGUUUCUAUGACUCGCAGGGCUCUCAGCGUCAGGGCCUGGCUCAGUUUUCGAUGAUCGACAUCGAGCUAGCCCUACAAUUCUGCACCCAUUUGGUCUACGGCUAUGCGGGUGUUAAUGCCGAUAACUAUGAAAUGCAGAGCAUUAACAAGCGAUUGGACCUUGAGCAGCGUCAUCUGGCCCAGAUCACUAGUAUGAAGGAACGCUAUCCCCACAUCAAGUUCCUAUUGAGCGUUGGUGGCGAUGCCGAUACCUAUGAGGGUAAUCAGUAUAUAAAGCUCCUGGAAUCGGGACAACAGGGCCACAGACGCUUCAUCGAAUCUGCUCGAGAUUUGGUGAGACGUUAUAAUUUCGAUGGUCUGGACCUGGCUCUCCAGCUUCCCAGAAAUAAGCCACGCAAAGUUCAUGGGGAUGUGGGCUCUGCGUGGAAGAGUUUCAAGAAGUUCUUCACCGGCGACUUUAUUGUGGAUACUGAAUCGGAAACGCACAAAGGACAGGUGACUGCACUGAUCAAGGAUUUGAGUGCCGCUCUGAAACAAAAUGAUCUGCUGCUCAGUCUCACCGUUUUGCCAAAUGUGAACUCCAGCUGGUACUAUGAUGCCCCGUCGAUCGCCCCAAGCCUGGACUUUAUCAACCUGGGAACUUUUGACUUCCUGACCCCGCAGCGCAAUCCCGAGGAGGCGGACUUCUCGGCGCCAACAUAUGAGGCAGUUGGACAAAAUCGUUUGGGCCACUACAAUCUAAACUUCCAAAUGGAACACUGGUUGCUUCAGAGAGUGCCGGCUAAUAAGAUAAACAUUGGCAUUGCCACCUAUGGCAGGUCGUGGAAGAUGAGCAAGGAUUCGGGAGACUCUGGUAUGCCAGUGGUUCCCUCCACCCAGGGACCUGCUCCAGCUGGACCUCAGAGCAAACAGGAGGGUCUGCUCAACUGGGCUGAGAUCUGCUCACUGAUGCCCAACCCCAGUAACUCCAAUGCCCGAGGUCCUAAUGCUCCGGUGAAAAGGGUUGUGGAUCCCACCAAACGUUAUGGCAGCUACGCCUUCCGUGCCGCCGAUGAAAAUGGUGACCAUGGACUGUGGAUCAGCUACGAUGAUCCGGACUCUGCCUCCAGCAAGGCUAUGUACGCCAGGGCAAGGAAUCUCGGUGGAGUGGCUCUGUUUGAUCUGACCCAAGACGAUUUCCGUGGUCAGUGCACAAACGAUCGCUUCCCCAUGCUGCGCGCCAUCAAGUAUCGACUUCUCUAAGCCGACUUCUCUAAGCCAACUUCUCUAAGCCAACUUCUCCAGUCCAGACCAUAAAGACAUCUCCAGCACGCAAAUGUCACAAGAAAAGUUGGUGAAGCGGAGCUGGGAGGGAACAAAUGUCACCCUUUCGGUGCCUAAAAGGCCUCCUUCUGUGUCUGUCCCUUUUUGCAAAUUAAUUACAAAGUUGUAAACUAAAAUGCACCGCAAAUUAAUUCGAUGGGCUUGGUCCUCAAAUGGGAAGGGAGAUGAAGGAAACUGAUAUGUAGUGAGAGAAAAGAGGUAGUGCUAAAUGGAACUUAAUUCUAUUCCACAUAUUAUUCUAUAUAUAAAAAUAAUGUUGUUAUUACUAUUUUUUAGUUAUGUUUGCCCUCUUCAUUCAUAUACACGCAACGAAAAAGUUUUUAAAAUUGAUUAAUAUUUUUUAUAUUUUCUAAUUGAUACCUUUGAACAUGAAUUCGCAAUGUUUCUUAUUUUCUUUCUUAUUAUUAAUUUAUUAUUUUGUACAAACACUGCCUGGGUUCCUAUAUUUUUUUGUAUAUGCAUCGUUACCCUGCUCUCCCGUUUAAUUGCCCCUUUUGCAUUGAAUUGUUUGGCGCCCACGUCUGGGCGAAUCGGUCGCUUUAUCAUCUCGGACCCAUCUUGGUCAAAUGGCAUUUUGCUGUGGUUUUUUCUUUGCCGAUUUUCCUCGCUUUUUGUGCCCCAGCGAAGAUUUACAGAUUUCGCCACUGAGUUCGAACUGCUUAACUUGGCUUUGUGUAAUUGGCGCUACAAACGCGACUCCGAAAAACUCGAUCCGCGCGAUCCAUAUGCGUACUCCACGAUGGUUGGACUUGCCCCCUUUGGGCCGUGUGUCCCCUGUUUACAGAAUUGCUGACAUACCACCAUGCAAAGGCUGCCACUACAGUGAACUGUGGCCACAAGGACCUGGAUCGGGGGUGUCUGGGCCGACUGCCUCGACUGGCGACGACAGCAACACGAUGUAAGACAACUAAAUUAAGUUAUUGUUUCUUGGCCAAAAUCGACGGGCCUAAUAACUUGGGAAUACCCUUCUAUUGGGUGUGGUGAGUCAUGAUAAAAUAUAUUAUAAAAAUAUGAAUACGAUAAUAAAAAUGAGGAAUUCAUUCACCAUAUAUAAAUAUAUAAUGGAUGCAACUUCUAAAGGAAAGUAUUUAAUAUAACGUUUUAGGUUUCUAUGUGCUUAAUCUGAAUUAAAUCUAACAAACAAAAGCUAAAAUUUAUAUAAGCAUAUUAAAUCAACAAGCCCCGAACUUAAGUAUCUCAAAGUAUUCCCUUCUAUUUAUCUAAUAAUCUGUGGCCAGCUGAAGAAUUUCGAACUUAUGAAUACGCCGUGUGACUUGGUCUCCCACACUUACCCUAGCCACUGUUAACCAAAUUCAAACCCUUGGAGCCAGCUGAAAGUCCUAGUUGCUAUCUAGGCGGCUUAUCUGGGAAUCGUGAUCUUAUUAAGCUGACUAUACACUCGGAAAUUAUUUGCAAUUGGCGCAAUGCCUUAUUGGAAUGCAAAAUAUGCCAUUAGUGGCAGAAGUCGAGACUUGGCCAGCUCGAGGCAGCUUCCCAGACUGCGAGUUAAGGGCCCAAAGGGCAUGGAUUUUGGGUAACUAUAUGGAAUCGAUGGUGACAGGGAAGGGAGUGGGCCAGAGCAUGCCACUUGCAUAGCUUACAAGUUGUAAACACGGCAUUGUUUUGGCCACCGUUCCAUAAUAUAUCCCAAAACAGAACUAAAGUCGCAAUGCACUUAGAAGGAAACUUUAAUAAAAUAAUGACAACUAACAUAACAAUUGUUUUUUAAUUCAUAAGAAGUUCUAUAUUCUUAGGCAUUUAUAAAAAUGAAAUAUACAUACAUCAUUUUGCCUUAUUUUUUUCUAAUUAUCUGGAGUAAAAUCUGGGUUAUUCCUGGUAUAACCAAAACAUAACCAUUUCGAAAUACAUAAAUAAUCAGAUCUGUUUUAGAACAAAGUUCUGAAUAUUAUUUAAAAUAUGUUUAAUUGUUACUGUUUAUAUUUUUGAGUGUAAACUACUUGCAUAUAUCGUUGAUCGUGUUUCUAGGCUGCGGACGAGGACGAGGACAAAGCUGCGGACCAGCUACCGGAUUUCUUUGGGCUUGUCGCUCCAUCUAAUUAAGGAGCAUUUGGUCCAUGGCGGCGUCUACAAGAUCUGUUCAUGAUUAUUGCCCCGGUCCAUAUCGCCGCCUGGUGCUCCCUGCGAAUGACAAAUAUGCUGCCUUGCACCAGGGAUUCCAACUGGGAGUCAGGAGCGACUUCUGUUGUCUUCCACGGAAGCCAGUUUCUGGCUGGUCUUUAAAUAAAGAUAUUUUCGCCCUCAUU